AUGAAGUCCGCAAACGAAUCGUGUCCCUGGCCGCCGUUGUCUGGUGAUUUAUUCGAACAGGUUUUGGCGGUGCUGCGCAUACUGGGCAGAGGAAACUAUUUCGACGAUGUCUCGGAGGUCACCGGCAUGGGCGAGGCCACGGUGAACCACAUGUUCCACAAGUUCACGGAGAGAUUCGCGCACACUCUCCAGAGUCCGAUCAGGGCGCCAUCAAACAAGGCCGAGUCAGGGUUCAAGAGACAGCUCGAGAGCGUCCGCAAGGACUCGGAGUGCUGCUUCGGCGUCGUCAAGGGGCGGUUCAGGAUCUGCAAGAUGCAGUUCCUCUACAGGAAGAAAGAGAGGAUCGACAACAUCUUCUUCACGUGCAUCAUACUGCACAACAUGCUUCUCGCCUACGACGGGAUCGAGCUCUUGGAGCCGGACUGCGACUGGGCCGGAGCGGACGGCGACCUCGACAAAAACAUCGAGCACCCUGUAGUGCGGAUGAGUGCGCCCACGCACGAGGAUGCAGUCGUGGAGUGUGAUGACGGCUUCGACGCAUUGAGGCAGAAGUUGGUGACCAACUUCGCUUACCGAUGGGGACAGGGGACCGUUGGGUGGAAGAGGUCGUGAUGACCCGUGGGAAGUCACAUGGUGCUAUGUUGAUGGCGGGGAGGUAGGGGGGCGGGGGGGCGUGUUGGAGGCGUUGUCCGCCCCUUCGGCUGUAAUUAGUGGCACUUUUUUUUCCCCCGUUGAAGACCACGUCCUUCUCCGCCCCUCCGUAGUCAGCAUCGUCAUCUUUCGUUUUUGGUCCUUGUUGCCAAGUCUUGCCUUUGCCUUUGCCUGGGCCUUGUUGAUACUUUGCCGUGUUGUUGUUGUCUCCUCGUCGUAUGUGAUCUCUUUUUUUAUUUCGUAUCUGGCCUGUUUUCGAUUCCCCUUUCCGCGGCUUGCGCGUCUUGGCACUUAGCAUACUACAACUGUCUGUAUUCUUGCGUAUUGUCAUCAGAUUUGGCAUUUGUGUCUCGGUGUACUUUCCUUUCUCUGUCCAUCUUUGCACCUUUUUGCUUGAUGGGUGUGGAACAGCCUCUAGUUUAGGCGGAGUUUUCUUCCCUCUUCUGGAGCAGGACUGUCUUUUGUGUGCUUGCUCUUCGCCAUUUUUAUUAUUGUGCCCCGAGGGGUUAGCCCCAUCGGGUUUCAGAUUGUUUUAGUAUCAUAUCGCGUGAGUAUAUAAUAGUUUUGUUUAUUUUCUUUGCGGUUGCGACUGUAUCCAAGUGUGACAACAGGCUCCGUUGAGUUUCCUUUGCCUUUUGCGUUGCCUUGUUGGGACCUUGCGUUUGCCGUAUUGUUGUUGUCUCCUCGUAAUCGUAUCUCGAUAUGUUUUUUUUUUCUUUCGUGUCUGGCCUGUUUUCGCUUCCCUCGUCUACAGGCUUGCGCGUCUUCGCCCUUCGCAUGCAACUGUCGGCGGUCUUGCGCAUUGGUAUCGGUGUCUCGAUGGAUUUAUUUUUCUGGGUCCAUCCUUGCACCUUCUUUCAACUAACCCUAUUUUUUUUUCUGACGGGUGCGGGAAGCCUCUAGGCUAUGUAGCCGGAGUUUCCUUCGCUCUGCUGGCGGAGGACUGUUAUAUAUUGCUUGUUUUUCGCAGCAUUAUUUUUGUGUCCCGAUUAGACUCAGCACGGUUCGGUUUUUGUUAGCAUCGCAUAACGCGUGCGCACAAUAAUUUGUUUAUUUUUUUUGCGGGGUCGAGUGUACCCAAAUGUGUGGCCACAGGCUCCAACGGAUGUUUUGGAAAAGAGAGCUACAGCAGUACAUGCCACGACACCGAAAAACGAAACGUGCACCUGCACAAUUUGUGGUUUAGUGGUCCGGCAGGUAAAAACUUGUCAUGCACGUCAUGUUGUGUGCAGGGUGGCGAAACACCGGUACUGCUGUGUUGGCCCGUA